UCGUCCCACUUGGUGCACCACAAAGCCAUCCACACCGGGGAGAGGCCCUUCAAGUGCCAGGACUGUGGCAAGCUCUGGCGCGCCUCGCGCCUUGCCACGCACUGCCGCGUGCACACGGGCGAGCAGCCCUUCCAGUGUGACAAGUGCGGGAAGAACUUCAGCUCCUCUGCGCACCUCGUGUCGCACCGGCUCCUGGAGCCUGGCGAGAGGAGCUGCGGGGGCUCCUCCUUCCGGAAGGGUUUCAAGCAGGCGGCGUCCCUCAAGCAGCACCUGAAGACACACGAGGCACGUGAGCCUCGCCGCUGCUCGAUCUGCGGCAGAGCCUUCUCCAGGUCCUCGCACCUCCAGCUCCAUGUGAGGACACACAGCGGGGAGCGGCCCUACCACUGUUUGCUUUGCGACUAG